AUGGCGAAGAUUCCACGCAGGGCUCAGCCACCUGCAGAGUCCAGCGAGGACGAGUCGGAGCACGAGCCGACGCCCUCGGUCAAGAAGCGCAAGUCCAAGACCAGUGAGAGCAAACCCGCAAAGGUAGGCGCCGCAAACCGAACGCACACAACACACUGUCUGAUCGUGUUCAAGAAGGGUAAAAAGAAGGCGCAGAGUGAGAGCGAAGAAGAUGAUGACAGUGAAGAAGAGGAGGUCAAGCCUCGCUCCAAGAAGGUCCAAAAGCAAAAGAAGGAGAGCGACGUCUCAUCAUCCGGUCCUCUCAAGCAAGAUGGGGAUAUGAAAUAUGUUGACCUCGGCGGCAAGAAGCGGGCCUCUGCAUCCGAGUUUAAGGGCCAGCGCUAUAUCAACAUUCGCGAGUACUACGUCGACAAGGCCUCUGGCGAGGAGAAGCCUGGGAAGAAGGGCAUCGCACUUAACGCUGAGCAGUGGAAAGUCUUCAAGCAGAACAUCGACACGCUGGACGAAUUGUUCGCGUCUAAGUAG